ACAGAUGUGUUAUUUAAACGAAAAGGAGGAUUUUGAAGCGCUUCUGAGGAAGGAUGGCGUAAGGUUGCGUAAGUUAACCGGUACUCUUCAAGAACAGUUGUAUGUGAAGGGAGGAAUAUAUAGGGUUUAAUAUCAAUCUCUGUGUUUUUGUAAUUCGAACAGAUGGAAGGCUCGUUUUUGGUAAUUGAGCGGUAAUAAACGUUCAGUAAUUCAUGGGAAAGUAUGCUUUGUGGGAAGCUAAGCAGAUGUGGCUAGCUGUUCGCUUCCGCAACGUGGAUCUGACGCCGGUUUACGACUUUUGCGGUGUUCUUCAGACGUGUAAAGCUUAUCUGAGAGUCUGUUGGUAAAUAUGGGUGAUGUUGAUAAGGGAAAGAAGGUUUUCGUCCAGAAGUGUGCCCAGUGCCACACAGUUGAAAACGGAGGCAAGCACAAAGUGGGGCCAAAUCUUUGGGGUCUUUUUGGACGCAAGACUGGUCAGGCAGAGGGAUAUUCCUACACAGAUGCCAAUAAGAGCAAAGGCAUUGUCUGGAGUGAAGAAACCUUGAUGGAAUAUUUGGAGAAUCCCAAGAAGUACAUUCCAGGCACAAAGAUGAUCUUCGCUGGGAUCAAGAAGAAGGGCGAGAGGGCAGACCUUAUUGCAUACUUAAAGUCAGCCACAUCAUAAUACAGCUGGAGAACGGGAAGACCGCAAUAUUUAAAUUAAAUUUUUGUAGUUUGGCUUUGAAUUUGUCUUUAACAGUAUCUAUUCGAAU